AUGUCCGGAGCGGUGCCUACCGAUGCCCCGUCUGAUGUCCCGUCCGAUGCGGGACACACUUGGGGCGAGGUCCGCGCCGAGGACGCAGACGAGGGAGGCUCUCAUGCCCGUUCGAGGCCUGGAGCUGUUGCCGUCCAGAUGGCCGUGAGGGUCUUGACCGAGGCGACCGAAGAUAUGCUGAUGGAUACGCUUGAGGACGUGCGACUUAAAGCACGUGCCCGUUUGGCGGCCCUGUUCGCACAAUCGGUGGCGGAAGGGCAUCAAGCAUAUGACGCCGACCCGGUCGUGGGCCCGGUCGCCUUCUACGACUCCGCCUUGCUCGCGGCAAACCUGUUCCCGGAUGAUGUCGUGGACCAGGCCUUGGCUCAGAGUGCUCAGGAUGGAGGUGUGGUGGACUCGUCCGACAGCAUCUCCGACACGCCUCCCGAGGGAGUCCCCGCAGAGAAGGCCGCCCCUGUUCAGCAGGCGCCCAGUCCGAAGCCAGGGGCGCCGACAGCUGCCUUGUCGCCGCAGCCGUGCUCCAAGAAGGCUACCGCCAAGGCGCCGAACCCGCAGCAGCUCCACCCUCGUGAUGCCCGUCAGCCUAAGGCUUCGGACGCAGUGGUUUCGGUCGCGCCCCAGGUCUUGAAGGUUGAGGUGACGGUCCCGGCCCAGUUCCAGGACGUGAUCGCCACCGAGACCUACACCAACGACCCCGUCCUGGUCGCGCCUAAGGGAGGUUCGAAUCCGAACCCGCUUUUCAGGUACCCGCCAGUCCCGGCGCACGUCCAGUUCGGCGGCAAAGCUCCUCACCCUACGGCACCUACUCAGCAGCAGCAGGUCAUGGUGAAGAACGUUCCCAAGGCGAAGUCCAACCCGGUCGUUCCCACGGUAUGGACGCCGAAAGUUGAGGUCCCGUUCGGCAAGGUCAUGGCCCGAGGGCUGGGCCGCCCGCCUUGUCAGCCUGAGUGGGGUGAGGUUGCAGUUUCGGUCGGCGCAGCUGAUAAGCUUGAAGACCUGCGGCGUGCGGGCAUUAAGUCUGCGGCACAGCUCUCGGCAGCACCUCGUUCGCAGUUGCGCGCGAUUUUGGGGGAUGUCGUCCUCGAUCGGUUGAUGCAGCCGGCAGGCACAGGUGCGGCUCGUGGGCCGGGUCCGAGAAGUGACCUCCCCGUCGUGCACCCGUACGCACGAGGGUCGAUGCAGCGCAUCUCGUUAGAGGGUCAAGCAGGGUCCUUUGACGCGGUCGACGAUGCUUUUCUGGAGGAUCGCUACGCGAGGACCUCCCGUGCGCCCAUCGAGUCAAGAUGGAAGACAUGGCAGCGGCUGUGUGCAGCCCGUUCGCUGGACCCCCUGCCUCUGACUCAGGAGAAGAUCUUUAAGGUGGGGGCCCUCCUGAAAGAGGGCAAGUACAGGUCUAGCGCCCAGUAUUUCAGCGUGGCUAAACAACGUCACCGCGAGGCUGAAUAUGCCUGGACAGAUGCAUUGGACUUGGCGGUGCAGCAGGCUGUGCGUUCGAUCAACCGUGGCCUUGGGCCAGCCAGGCUCAAGCGAGACCUGUUCGUCGAUCGUGCCCCGUCGGACCUCGAUGCCCAGCUCCACGCAGCAUACACGCGUUUGCAGGUUCCAGCCGAACACCAGUUCGCCGAGCCGUGUGCCGUGCUGGCGAUGGCGCUCUGGUUCUUGCUCCGCGGGAUCGAGGUUGCAAAUGUUCGCUGCACCGAUGUUCAUCUGAACCGAGGUAAUGUUUACUCAGUUGCAAACUUGUUCGUGUACCGGUGGGAGGCAGCCUUUGUGUCCUUUCCAUGGUGCCCUCCGUUUGGCAAUCGGGAUCCGGAAGUCUCGACAGUGGUCGCAAGGUUGGCUCAGGUUGUUGGUUUCUGCCUGCACAACGAUGCAUCAGAAGAGUGGAUGCUUUCCCAGUUAGAGGAUUGGGCGGAGCACGCGUUCCGGGUCGCGGGGGCCCAGUUGCUAGCACGUUCGAUGGUGCCCUUGCCGACCAUACAGAUGCUGGGCCGGUGGGGCUCUAUGGCAGUGAUGAGGUACGUGCAAGAAGCAGUGAUGAAUCAGCCUACCAUCACUGCGGCCGCGGUGGCAUCGCACCUGUCCGGUGCGGCGCCCGUUCGGGCGACCGACACGCUGCGCGACCAAGUUCGCCGUUUCGUGGCCGAGUGUAUCGAGGGCCAUGGCGUUUACGUUCAUAAUGUAAAGUCUCGUCUUGCACAUAAGCCGUGCGCAGGGGAGGCCGCGGUCCCGUCCGACGAGUGGCUUUCAGUGUGCGGGAAAUGGCGCUAUGGCACCAGUUCAUGUCUUCGCAAUGCAACAGUCUUGCCAGGGUUUAAGCUUUGCUCUUCGUGCUUUCCCGCGAAGCAGUCUUGUCCGCAGUUUCUUGUCAAGACGCAGGUCCCGAGCCCUCAGGUCCCGUCGCAGCAGAAGAGCCGUCCGAUGACGACGACACAGCCGCCGUCGCUUCCAGUUCUCAAGGAUCUGGCUGAGGACUCCGGCUUAGACACUAAGGUUUUCCAGCUCCUCACGGACCACGGAAUCACGAACUCAGGCACGUUCUUCUACACCUUCCAGGACCCGUCCGCCGUGAAGAAGUUGUUGACGCCCGCUACGGUGGGCGAAGGGGUGAAGCUCACUACCGGCACCGCCGUCAAGCUCGACGACGUGCAGUUUAUGGUGGCCCUGUCCGUGGUUGACGAGAUCAGGGUCGCUAAGGCUAAGCGAGACGGGGCCCUCCAGUCCGUGAGCACCACGUCGACCGCAGCCGCAGCAGUCUCUACGUCAGCUUCGAAGGCCCCUAAGGUGCUGCCAGAGGGGUAUUGGGCAGAGUUCCUGGCCGAAUUCCAGUCCGAAAAGAUCGGGGGGAUCGCCAGGCAGUUUCCGACACACCUCCUGUCCGGUGCGGACGAGGUCUUGGCUCGUUUGGUGCAUGAGAGGGUCACCCGUUCGCACACCCCGUUAAAGCUGCGGGAGAUCGUCGCACACCGCCAGUUCACUGCCUCUGGCCAGAUCAACCCGUUCAGGAUUCAGGAGGAGUCCGGUUCGAGGAUGCUCCUUCGGGACGACGGCUCGUUCGACCGGGCCCCGCGUCACGUGCCGGAACCCCAAAAGCUUCAAACUUCUCUGGACUUCCUCGAUUCUGUCAAGUACGGUCUCUUGUUCGCUCGUUGGGGACCGGAGCUCUCGAUCGACGCUUGGAUCGGGUGGUUCUCUAACCUUGUUCGAGAUCACCCGCAGAAGUAUCCACAACUGCGUGAACUCUACCUACGUAGCUCCUGGACGCUGUGCAUGGAGCUCAGGCAAGGUGUCCCGUUCGCAACUGCAUACAAGACCGUGGUGUCUCAGGCAAAUGUGGCCGAAGCCCUUGCUCGCUACCUGCCUCCCGAUUCCAAAGGCGACCCGCGAAAGCGCCCCGGUCCGUACCGUGCAAGCACAGCCAAGGCUACAGGUUCUCAGGCAGAAACCCAGCCCGUGCCCUUCACACAGUUGCGACCAGUGGCAAUACUGAGUUUUUUCGACGGCAUCGGCGUUGCGGCUCAGGCCUUAAAGUCUUUGUGCGUCGAGCCUACACUCUACUUUUCGUUCGAGACAGACGUGGCCUGUCAGCGCUGCUGCACCUCGCAGCAUAGUUCAGUCGAGCAUCAAGGUGACGCCCUUACCGUCGACCCAAGUCGUUUGGCGUCUACCUUGAAGACCCGUUGUUCGUCUGACACUGUCCUGUUAGUGUGCGCGGCACCCCCGUGUCACGACUUUAGUGCCAUUCGCGGUGCGUCUUCUCCAGGGGUCGCGGGCCCAGAAGGUGCCAAGUUCGUUUCCUGGUCGAAGUGGCUGCAGCAGUUUGCGUCGGUGUGCACCCUGCAGUUGGUUCUUGUAGUCGAGAACGUCCUGAUGCAGCCAGACAUACAGGACCUUUUCGACAGAGAACUGUGUUGCAAGUCGUUCGUUUGCGACGCGGCGUCCUGGUCGGUGGUUUCGCGGCCGCGCUUGUGGUGGGUGAGCAACUUGUGUCCACCCAAGGCUAACGAGCCCACAUCAGCGUCAGUGUGCGGUGGACUUGCACGCUGGCGCAAGUACAACCGGUUUUGGCAGCUACUACCGGCCAGUCCAGUUUUCCCGAAGCAGGUGGCGUCAACCUGUUCGACGGCAGUUUUUCACAACGAGGUUGUCGCAGGUAGGGUUCUUUUCCCCUGUCUUACGACGCCCGCACCCAGUCCGGCCGGUCGCCCGCCACCACCCAAGCGACGUCGCAGUGAGUCGCCGGGCACCAUGGCAAGGUGGAAGGAAGGGUCGCAACAAUAUCCCCCGUGGCAAUACCGCAAGACUGCCCUCGUCCGGAUUGCUGGGAUCGAUCGCCCGCCAGACGCGCCGACGCGCGAAUGGCUUCACAGUUUGCCUUCAGGGUACACCGCAGUGUGUUCCGAACAAGAACGUUGCACGCAACUCGGCAACUCGUGGCACUUGUCCGUUGCUCGCUUUCUCCUGUGCUUGGUCCUGGUCCAAAGCCAGGCGUUGUCUGUGUCAGCGUGUGCCCCGGGCUGUUGGUACCCGUCCGUUCCGGACCCUACUGCAGAGCUUCGCUUUCACCCAGACGGGAGUCGUCCUCUGGUCCGUGCUGCUUCGUUUUGGCACAGGUCGUCCUUGAAUUGGGACCCCUGCGAGCAAGUUGUGCAGAGACUGUCGGGCCCAACCGACGACCCGUUCGCUCACUUGGACUGGGCUUUGGGUUUGGACUUUCUUGCCCUUUUCCCCGUCAAGCUCAACCCGUGUCUUCAGUGGUGCUACGAGUCACAGCCUCUCUUCCAAGGCAAGCUGCCCUCGUGGCGUCAGUCUGUGUGCGACGACCUGUCCGCGCUAGUCGAAGAACUUCGCGAAGAACAAGAGUCUUGGUUUCUCUCCGCUCCCCUGCACGUUCGACAGGUUUGCUGCAGAGGUCAGGCAACACUUCAGGUGCACCUCUUGACACUGACUUGGCUUUUGGACUUACUGCAGUUCCCAGGUCGUCGGGCGUUGGUCACCGAGUUGUUCUGGGGUUUUCCUUUGCUAGGUCCGCUCACCCCAGGUACAGGUUGGGCUCCGAGGUCAGACUACAAGUACUCCCGUCCGUUGUCUCCGGCUGAGUUCAAGGCGGCCAACCGGGCGCACGUGAAAGACGUGGUCUCUUCUCUGAAGUCUGGCGAGCACUCCGAGACCAUGUUCGCAGAGAUCCUCGAAGAGUGUCAACUUGGUCGCGUGGCUGGUCCUUUUCCCGCCUCGAAGCUUCUCCUCGAAGAAGCCAGUUCGUGUGCUUCCCGUGCGUUCCCGGUCGUCCAAGGUGGGAAGGUCAGGCGUGCCGACGACUGGUUGCGCAGUCAUCACAAUGCGACAGUGUGGGUCUCAGACUCGCCUGCGUAUUGUGGGGUGGAUACCCUCGCUAGUUGUAUCCAGUCCGCGCCUGUUCGUCAGGACAUGCUGCUCAGCGCGGUGGAUCACGAAGGGGCAUACAGAGGGCUACCCGUCCGUUCGCCGAGCGAAUGCGGCGUAAUCCUUCCCGUUCAGAAGGAUCGGUGCCUGUUCGUGCACAACAGCCUCCCGUUCGGUAGCACGGGGAGCGUGUGGUCUUACCUCAGGGUGGCGGAUGUGCUGUCGUUAUUGGCGGUUAGUCUCCUGUUCGUGCCUUCCGCUCACUUUGUUGACGACUUUCACCAGUCCGAAUCCGCCGACGUAGCUGACUCAGGCUUUCAGAGUUUCAAGCUUUUCCACAGCACGUUAGGUUUCAGGAUGAAGGUGGCCAAGGAAAAGCGACCUUCUUGUUCGCAUACCUUGCUGGGUGUGCUGUGGACGAUCGUCCAAGACGGCGUUUGGGCUAGCCCCGGCCCAGAGAGGGUUCAAAAGCUUGUGGACUCCUUGUCCGAGUGCUUGCAGAAAGGUACCUGUUCAGGCGCCCUGGCCGCCCGCCUCGCAGGGAAGUUAACGUUCGUGUGUGCCUGGGUGUUUGGAAAGGCAGGGCAGGCUUUGUUGAAGCCCCUUUACCGCAGACAGCACAGCGGAAGCAGUGGCGAGGCUGAGUUGCCGCCCGCGCUGCGAGUUAGCUUUCGACUCCUGGUCGAACUCCUGCCAGCUUUGAAGCCGAGGUUCCUUCCCAACAUCUCCCGUUCUGUGAGUAUGCGCGUCGCUCGGCUGUACGCCGAUGCCUUCAUCACCAUGCAUGGCCAACGCCGUUGCGCCAACCGGUGGAUGGACGACAGUACCGCCUUACAGCAACUCAAAGAGUCUACCAACGGAUGGGGAGCCAUCUACAUAGGCCCGUCCGGCCAGCGAUGGAGUUUUCGUGCAGAGGUGCCAGAGUCAGUUUUACGCCGGUGCUGUUCCAGUCGCGACUACAUCUACUGGUUGGAGGCAGUAGCUCAGUGA